AGAACAAAUCUGGUUGAAACGAGUAAUGCAGAUUUUCCCUCUGGGGACCCCGGCAUGUACCAGCUGGAGGUGACUCUCAGAAGAGGACAGAACCUGGCAGCACGGGACCGUGGAGGAACCAGUGAUCCGUACGUCAAGUUCAAACUUGGAGGAAAAGAGGUAUUUAGAAGUAAAACAAUACACAAGAACCUCAAUCCUGUGUGGGAAGAGAAGGCUUGCAUUCUCAUAGACAACCCAAGAGAGCCCCUGUAUAUAAAGGUCUUUGACUAUGACUUUGGACUUCAAGAUGACUUCAUUGGUUCAGCAUUUUUGGAUCUCACUUCACUGGAAUUAAACAGGCAAACAGAUGUUACCUUGAGUCUGAAGGAUCCCCAUUACCCUGACCAUGAUCUGGGAAGUAUAUUGUUGUCAGUUUUGUUGGCACCUAGAGAAGAACAGCAAGAAGGGACAAUGCUAAUGAGGAAGAGUUGGAAAAGAUCAAGUAAG